AGGCGCGGGCAGUCCCGGACUGGCCCGCUCCGCGGGGCGAUCGCGCAGAUGGCGGCGCUGGCGACAGUGGCUAAGAAGGUGUGGAGCGCGCGGCGGCUGCUGGUGCUGCUGUUCACGCCGCUCGCGCUGCUGCCGGUGGUCUUCGCCCUCCCGCCCAAGGAAGGUCGCUGCCUGUUCGUCAUCCUGCUCAUGGCGGUGUACUGGUGCACAGAGGCCCUGCCCCUCUCGGUGACGGCCUUGCUGCCCAUCAUCCUCUUCCCCUUCUUGGGCAUCCUGCCCUCCAACAAGGUCUGCGCCCAGUACUUCCUGGACACCAACUUCCUCUUCCUCAGCGGUCUGAUCAUGGCCAGCGCCAUCGAGGAGUGGAACCUGCACCGGAGAAUUGCCCUCAAGGUCCUGAUGCUCACUGGGGUCCAGCCGGCCAGGCUCAUCCUAGGGAUGAUGGUGACCACGUCCUUUCUGUCCAUGUGGCUGAGCAACACGGCCUCCACUGCCAUGAUGCUGCCCAUCGCCAGCGCCAUCCUGAAGAGUCUCUUUGGCCAGGAGGUUCGUAAAGACCUCAGCUGGGAGAGUGAAGAGAAAGCAGCUGCUGUGCGGAAAAACGGCCUGCAUACUGUGCCCACGGAGAUGCAAUUUAUUGCCGGCACAGAAGACAAAGACUGUCCUGAGGAGGCGGAGGCUCCAACGGAUCUGCAGGCUAACUCUAAGAAGGAGGAGGAAUAUCGCAGGAACAUCUGGAAGGGCUUCCUCAUCUCCAUCCCCUACUCGGCCAGCAUCGGGGGCACCGCCACCCUCACGGGCACGGCCCCCAACCUCAUCCUGCUUGGCCAGCUCAAGAGUUUCUUCCCACAGUGCGACGUGGUGAAUUUCGGCUCCUGGUUCGUCUUCGCCUUCCCUCUUAUGCUGAUGUUCCUGUUGGUGGGCUGGCUCUGGAUCUCCUUCCUGUAUGGAGGGAUAACCCUGAGGGGCUGGAGGAAGAAGAAAUCUGAGAUCAGAAGUGAUGCAGAAAGUAGGGCUCGAGCCAUGAUUCAGGAGGAAUUCCAGAACCUGGGGCCCAUCAAGUUUGCCGAACAGGCCGUGUUCAUCCUUUUCUGCAUAUUCGCCAUCCUCCUCUUCUCCCGGGACCCGAAGUUCAUCCCUGGCUGGGCCAGCCUCUUCACCCCUGGGUUUAUUUCUGAUGCUGUCACUGGCGUGUCCAUUGUCACCGUCUUGUUCUUCUUCCCGUCCCAAAAGCCAUCUCUCAAGUGGUGGUUUGACUUUAAAGCUCCCAACACAGAGACAGAGCCCUUGUUGACGUGGAAGAAGGCUCAGGACACGGUGCCCUGGAACAUCAUCCUUCUCCUGGGAGGGGGCUUCGCCAUGGCCAAAGGCUGUGAGGAGUCGGGGCUAUCCGCAUGGAUUGGUGGGCAGCUGCACCCCCUGGAGAAGGUGCCACCAGCGCUGGCCGUGCUGCUCAUCACUGUGGUUGUCGCCUUCUUCACAGAGUUUGCCAGCAACACGGCCACUAUCAUCAUCUUUCUGCCUGUCCUGGCGGAGCUGGCCAUCCGUCUGAGGGUGCACCCCCUGUAUCUGAUGAUCCCCGGCACAGUCGGCUGCUCCUAUGCCUUCAUGCUUCCAGUCUCGACGCCCCCCAACUCAAUCGCCUUCGCCUCUGGACACUUGCUGGUCAAAGACAUGCUGUAUAAUGGGCCUCGAGCAGACCCCCCCUCACCCUGGGCUCCAUUGCAGGCGCGGACGGGACUCCUGAUGAACGUGAUGGGCGUCCUGCUGCUCAGCUUGGCCAUGAAUACUUGGGCACAGACCAUCUUCCAGCUGGGCACCUUCCCGGACUGGGCCAACAUCCACCUAAGCAAUGUCACAGCACUGCCAUCCACCUUGGCCAAUGACACAUUUCAGACCCUCUGAGUCCCCCUCAGGUACUCUCUUCGGGCUGGGCUCUCAUCUGCUGCCAGGACCCUACAGGAUGAUCAAGCAAUUCUUCUCUGUGAUCCAGUACGCAGCAAGCGAGGGUGCGUUCCAGUGGUCCACUUGGGUCCACAGUCUCGUUUUCUAGGAUACCUUCUCCUCUGUCAUGCAGUUCAGGGUGCAGCUACCUCCCAGAUCUGCUGCCUGAGCAACAAGCUCCUUUAUCUCUGAGCUGUUCUGUGGUUAGGAUGCAAGAAAGCCCAAUUUCAGCAACAAGAAGCAAAUCUGGAAUGGCGUUUGUCUUGAAUAGGUAGGGUGGGAAGCACAGCUAGCAUCCCUCACUGACUACACGAGUUACCAUCUGGAGAGACCAUCUUGCCUUUAGAGAUCACCUUCCUUCAAGAGACUCUGGGGCUGCUGUGUCCCAGUCCAGCUGUUCCAGCAGUUCACAGCUGGUGUGCGCUCUGCUUGGUGGGGGCCAAUUCUCUGCCAGUUAUUCAAAUAUCACCCCUGCUGAUACCCAGCAGCCAGGGGUAUUUUCAAUCCCUGGAUACAGGGGGAGGGACAGAUGACAUCCUGAGGACAUGGAGAUCGUGCAAAGCCUCCUUGCUGCUUCUCCGGGCUCCCGAGCGCACAAGAGGAGUUCUAGACCUUUCUACCCAAGCUUAUUAGGAUUUUCCUGUUCAGUCUGAUUCAGUGUGGCCACAGUUCCAGGGUCAGGCCAAGUCUGGGCCAUGCCCUCUCACAGGUGACCCAUGGCCCCUCCAGCCAGGCCCCUUCCGCACGUGGCCCACAGGGGCCUUCGUGACUGCAGGCUUCUUCCUCUUCCAGGAGCUGGUCUUUACCUCCCUGCCCCGACCCGAAGCGGUAAGCAUGUUUGAUUAGCAAAGGCCACAUUUUCAGGGGUGAGAGAAAAGUCAAAAGAUAAAUUGGGGCCUUGUAAGAGGUCAAAUGUCUCAGGCAGGGAAACACCAUAAUCCUCUUCUACAGACGAGGACAACUUAAGACUUCCCCUGAGCCAGUGGCUGGUGGGGCCUGUCCUAGAGGAUCUGAUCCCUCCUUGCUUCAAGUAGGAACAUCUCGAAAAGGCACCGGCUGAGGGGCCCAGAAAGCUCACCUCCCCGACUUCCUAUGCCUCUGAGGGAUGAGGUUCCCCAAGCAGCUCGGGCUGGGAAGCAGCACCCAGGGACUGAACUUGUUCUUGAAACAGCACAAGUGAGUCAUGGAUAUUCCCCUGGGAGCAGUGGGGAGGAGGGAGAAUGGGCUCCCUUUCCUUCCCGUGGGGUUACUUCAAUAUUUAGGCACAGUUACAGCCCUAUUGGAUGGGGCAGUGGAGAAAUUCAUUCACAGAGAAACCCAAGGGGCUUAUAACCGGAUGAAUGGUGAUUUCAAAUACUUCUGAUUGAAAAUUCUAUAAAAUAAAGAAUGUUAAUCAACCCUGGGCCUGGAGAUUAUUUGCCUUUGUGGCCAUAAAAGAGCUUCAAAGCCCUAAGUUCUGGAACUGGGGGUUUCACAGAAUUGACCUCCCUGACCUCACUUCCUUACUGCUCUCCCCUCUCCACUCUACUCCAGCCACAUACUCAAACUCUCCUGCCUCUGGGCCUUUGCACAUGCUGUUUCCGUUACCUAGAACACUUUGCUCCCAAAUAUAUGCUUGUUUCUCACUUUAUUCAGGUCUCUGCUCAAAUGUCACCUCCCCAGAGAAGCUUCCCUGACCAUCAAGUCUAAAAUAUCACCCUCAUUACUUUUUAUCCCCUUAUCCUGCUAUAUUUUUCUCCUUAAUAUUUAGUCAGGACACUGUAUUAUUUACUUUCUUGUUUAUUAACUUUCUCUCCCUCUAGAAAA